CCAGCCAUAUUGAUUGUCAUUAGAUCUGUCGGUCGGUGAUCGCUGCUCUCCGGACACUUCCUAGCCAGAAGCCGACAUCGGUGUCUGUCCCCGUGUCAUGAACCUGUUCAUUUUCUUAAGCCAAGUGAACGUACUCUACUUAUGCAGAUAGUGAAGCUGCAUAUAAGUGUCUCAAAGAGAGAUAUGGGACCAAGCAGGAGGACAUAAUCCUCUAUGGUCAAUCUGUCGGAAGUAGCCGUACUGUUGAUUUUGCUGCCCGUUUGCCUUAACUAAGAGCAAUUGUGCUGCAUAGUCUGUUAUUAGAAGAUAAUCGAGUUGGUGAGCGAGUCACUGUUGAUUCAAGGAAGAAAAAUCCUGCUGAUUUUGCUUUAUGGAAGUCUGCAAAGGAAGGUGAACCCUUCUGGGACAGUCCAUGGGCACUGGAAGACCUGGUUGGCAUAUCGAGUGCAGUGCCAUGAGUACUACUUAUCUGGGUUACUCUUUUGACAUACAUGGUGGAGGGAUGGACCUUCUGUUUCCCCCACAUGAGAAUGAAAUUGCUCAGAGUUGUGCUGCUUGUAAACAAAGUUAUAUAAGCUACUGGAUACACAAUGGUUUUGUCACUAUAGACUCUGAAAAAAUGUUCAAAUCGCUAUGGAACUUCUUUACAAUUCGACAGAACAUUGAUAAAUUCCCUCUGGUGAAAUAUCCUGUGCUGGUAAUACAUGGUUAUGUGAACAAUUUGAUGCAAGGGAGAAGUUACAGCAGUCAAUGGAGGAUUGUUCAGCAUCAUUGGGAAUAUUCAAUGUCUAGUAAUUGACUUUGUAAAUUUUCAUGUAAGUGUAGGGUAGGUG